AUGGAUUUCCAAAACGUGAACCCCUUGAACGUUCACACGAACUUUAUUUCGGGCAACCUGCUACCCUUGGCACCAGGUGUCUCGCAAUUUUCGAUAAUGUGGAAACUGUUCAGCAUUUUGAUGUGGCUGCUUCAAGCGAUUCAAGUAUCCGUGAUGAUUCCUGGCCUUUUUAUAGUGCCGUGGGAGAGCGCUUUGUUAGCCAGCACGAUCACCAGUGUGAACACUAUCGAAGUAUUCUUCAUGGUCGGACGAAUUCUCGCGCGCAGGAAACUGGUGGACCGACUAAUCAGUAAACUUAACGAGAUCCUGCAUGUCGAGGACGAAACCAUGAGGAACAUCGUGACGACUACAUUGAAGCCCAUGAAUACACCGCUCAAAUUUUACUGUUGGUCGGGUGGUCUGUCCAUACUCGUCUGGUUUUCCAUUCCAUUUUUACUAAUCUCUGAAAGAAGCUCCUUUUUUUACGAGGACUUUAAGUUGCCAGCGGUCUUCUCCAAGCAGCCGUUUUCAACCCAGGUCUUUCUGCUAGGCAAUUUGUUCCUAAUAAUCGGUAAUGUCCAUAUUUUUCUCAAGAAAUGCGGCGUGGACAUUUACAUGAUACACCUCGUGCUGCUGAUAACGUCACAAUAUCGUUAUAUCUCUACAAGACUCACCACGACAUUUCAAGACGCGAAUCUGCAGAGCGAAGUCGAGGGCUAUAGUCCCGAAACAAAUCGAUGGACAGAUAGCACGUUAAGAGCGCUGUGCCAGCAUCACGUUACUGUCAUACGCUUAUCGUCUGUGCUGAAGGAACUGCUGUCUUUGAGCUUCACUAUGAUUUAUGUGAACAGUGUCUUGCGCUUUUGUUUUAUUGGUGUUCUGUUGAGCAGAGUGCUAUCGACUACUUUACUGGAGGGUUUCCUAGUCAUGAUGUUUACGUGCGGUUGUGUAGUGCAAUUUUACAUAUUAUGCUUUUGCGUGCAACAAUUGCAGGACGCGAGUAGGAACAUUACGAUCGAAGCGUUCCACGAGAAAUGGUAUCUAUUCGGACCGUCUGUAAGACGCACAUUCAUGCUGAUGAUAUUGAGCAAUAAUUUAGGAUGCAAUCUUUCAACGAGCAGUAAAUUCAAUCUGUCUUUGUCCUCAUUCAUGUCGAUUUUAAAUCAAUCGUACUCGAUCGCCCUUGUGCUCUUAUGAACGAGACAAGCACAGUGACAAUGUGAACGACACAUGUCCUUUGAAUACGGCUCUUCUUUAAAAAAGAAACAAAUAAAUUUUACAAAUUG